GAGCGGUGUCAGCGGCGGAGCCGGAUGCGGGCGGCACCGCGGCGGUCGCGGCCCUGGGGAUGGGCGGAGCCCCAGCCGCUAGUGCUGGUGGCCGCCGCUGCUGCCCCAGCUGGAGCCCGAGCCGCAACCUCUGCGUCCGCGCGUCGCUGCUUCCCAGGGCGGCGGUAUGCUGGGGAAAGGAGUAGUCGGCGGUGGCGGCGGCACCAAGGCCCCCAAGCCCUCCUUCGUGUCGUACGUACGCCCUGAGGAAAUUCACACAAACGAAAAGGAAGUAACAGAGAAGGAAGUAACUCUUCACUUGUUGCCAGGUGAACAGCUGCUUUGUGAAGCCAGCACAGUACUGAAGUAUGUCCAGGAAGAUUCCUGUCAGCAUGGCAUCUAUGGGAGGCUUGUCUGCACAGACUUCAAGAUUGCCUUCUUGGGCGAUGAUGAAUCUGCAUUGGAUAAUGAUGAAACUCAAUUUAAGAAUAAGGUUGUAGGAGAAAAUGACAUUACACUCCACUGUGUUGAUCAGAUUUAUGGAGUGUUUGAUGAGAAAAAGAAAACUCUCUUUGGACAACUGAAGAAAUACCCUGAGAAGCUCAUUAUCCACUGCAAAGACCUUCGAGUGUUCCAGUUUUGUCUGAGGUACACAAAGGAAGAGGAAGUCAAAAGGAUUGUCAGUGGCAUAAUUCAUCAUACCCAGGCUCCUAAACUGCUUAAACGAUUGUUUCUGUUUUCCUAUGCGACUGCUGCACAAAACAAUACAGUCACUGAUCCCAAGAACCAUACCAUAAUGUUUGACACACUUAAGGACUGGUGUUGGGAACUGGAACGGACCAAAGGCAACAUGAAAUACAAAGCAGUGAGUGUCAACGAAGGCUAUAAAGUCUGUGAGAGAUUGCCAGCAUACUUUGUUGUCCCCACCCCUCUUCCUGAAGAGAAUGUGCAGCGCUUUCAAGGUCACGGCAUACCAAUAUGGUGUUGGUCCUGCCACAAUGGAAGUGCCCUUUUGAAAAUGUCAGCACUGCCCAAAGAACAGGAUGAUGGCAUUUUACAAAUCCAAAAGAGCUUCUUAGAUGGAGUUUACAAGACCAUCCACAGGCCACCCUAUGAAAUUGUUAAAACGGAAGACCUGUCAAGCAACUUCCUAUCCCUGCAGGAAAUCCAGACUGCAUACUCUAAAUUUAAACAGCUAUUUCUGAUAGAUAACAGUACUGAAUUUUGGGACACAGAUAUAAAAUGGUUUUCUCUGUUGGAAAGUAGCAGCUGGCUUGACAUAAUCAGACGUUGCCUGAAAAAAGCAAUAGAGAUUACAGAAUGUAUGGAAGCACAAAACAUGAAUGUUCUUCUUUUAGAGGAGAAUGCAUCCGACCUCUGCUGUCUCAUUUCCUCUCUGGUGCAACUGAUGAUGGACCCCCACUGCCGAACCAGAAUUGGUUUCCAGAGCCUGAUCCAAAAGGAGUGGGUCAUGGGUGGCCACUGUUUCUUGGAUCGCUGCAACCAUCUCCGCCAGAACGACAAAGAGGAGGUUCCUGUGUUCCUGCUUUUCCUAGAUUGUGUCUGGCAGCUGGUGCACCAGCAUCCCCCGGCAUUUGAAUUCACAGAGACUUACCUGACUGUUUUGUCAGAUAGCCUGUACAUACCUAUUUUUAGCACCUUCUUCUUCAAUUCACCUCAUCAAAAAGAUACUAACAUGGGUAGAGAAGGCCAGGAUACACAAAGCAAGCCUUUGAAUCUGCUCACCGUGUGGGAUUGGUCGGUGCAGUUUGAACCCAAAGCCCAGACAUUGCUCAAAAACCCUCUCUAUGUGGAAAAGCCAAAACUGGACAAAGGCCAACGGAAAGGAAUGCGCUUCAAACUCUGUCUUCAGACCCAGAAUUUCUCCCUCACAGAGUCCACAAAAGAGAGAGCAGUGAUGCAUCAACGACAACUUUCUUUGCCACUUACGCAAUCUAAGUCAUCUCCCAAAAGAGGAUUUUUCAGGGAAGAAACAGAUCAUUUGAUUAAAAACCUUCUGGGCAAGAGAAUUAGCAAACUUAUUAAUUCUUCUGAUGAGCUCCAAGACAACUUUCGAGAGUUCUAUGACAGCUGGCAUAGCAAGCCCACUGACUACCAUGGUUUGUUGUUACCGCAUAUUGAGGGGCCCGAAAUCAAAGUCUGGGCCCAGCGCUACCUGCGCUGGAUUCCAGAAGCCCAAAUCCUAGGUGGUAGCCGAGUGGCCACUAUGAGCAAACUCUUGGAAAUGAUAGAGGAAGUCCAGAGUUUACAAGAGAAGAUCGACGAGAGACACUACAGCCAGCAGGCCCCCCAGGCUGAGGCCCCCUGCCUGCUGAGGAACUCUGCCCGCCUGUCCUCUUUGUUUCCUUUCGCUCUGCUCCAGCGACAUUCCUCUAAGCCGGUCUUACCCACCAGUGGCUGGAAAGCUUUGGGAGAUGAAGACGAUUUGGCCAAACGAGAAGAUGAGUUCGUGGACCUAGGGGAUGUGUGACCUGUUUGUUGAGUGACUGUGAAAGAGUGACUGUGGGAGAUUGGCACAGCUGAUCCCCGGAUUCGUGUCACGCAGCAGCUAAUGCUGGCCGGGUCCUUAGCCCGGCACUCCGUUGGAGUAAAGCUGGGCCUUCGGGAAAAGAGGUGGCUCUCAUUAUUGUUUCAUGGUUCUAAAAGACUAUGCAAUUGAAACUGCAUCUGUAGUAUUAUUAAUUGGAAGGAAUUAUUACUUGACCCGUAACAGGGUUGUGGCCGUUUUCUGAUGCCUAAGUAUUAUACAGAGCGUGCAAUGGCCAGUUUACCAGAAAGGGCUUCAGUAAGAUAUUCUUGGACUUGAUACUUUCUUCAGACCCUCUUUGUGCCAAGAUAAUUUAUCCAGUCAUUGGAAAUAGUAAGUUUCUGUGUAACCCAUGUCAAUUAUAGAAGCAAGUUCAACUUUA